AUGCAUACACUGCAUACUCACUCUCAAAAGGAAAAUGUGGUCACGGACUUAGUAACCCUCUACUGUGCUUCCCCCACGAGGAAACAGACUGGAAAAAAGGAAAGGAGUAAUACCCUGAAUAUUGCAAUAGAAAAUAUGUGUAAGAAGACAAGAGACCUUCGCAGACAGCUCCGUAAGGCUAUCAUAGAUCAUGUGUCAGACUCUUUUUUGGAUACAACAGUCCCACUUCUGGUUCUCAUUGAAGCUGCCAAGAAUGGCCGGGAAAAGGAAAUAAAAGAAUAUGCUGCGAUAUUCCGUGAACACACCAGCAGGCUUGUAGAGGUGGCAAAUCUUGCUUGUUCCAUGUCAACAAAUGAAGAUGGGAUUAAGAUUGUCAGAGUUGCUGCCAAUCACCUGGAAACAUUGUGUCCACAG